CUGAUUCAGAUUUUCUCACAGCAUCUUCUUUAGCACUUUCUUUCUUUUUGUUUUUGGGACUCUCCACUCCGGACUGGUUGAUAGAAGACGAGAGCGUUGAUUUUGUCGCCGCGUCUUGACCGCAGCCAGCGUUCUCGUUCUGUUUCUGUGCCUCGUCAGGCAUCCGGCAUCGCGCAUUCCGCAUCCCAACCUUUCCAGACUAUGCCACACAUUGAAAGCCCUCCUUCGGCUCCCGCUAUGGCCUCAUCAGUGGUGCCAACCAAGUCCAACUUCUCCGGAAUCCCUCCUACUGUCGAAGAGGUCAGCAGCAUUCUGCGUACCAUCGUCGACUCGGACUCCGCUCAAACCUCACUCGAUGCCUCCUACGCCCUCACAAACCUCCUUAUUCAGUCAAUAGGCAUUCGCGGUCUGUUAAGCUAUGAUCUGAUUCCAGCAAUCAAGAAAGCUGCGACAGACAAGAAAAAUGCCUCCAAAAGAGAAAGCGCCAUGUUCAUGCUUGGUGCCAUGUUUGAAAGAUUCCCUCGAGAACAGCCCAUCAGUGAGGUCGUUUUCCUCGUCCGUGACGGCGGCUUAUUACACCUGGUGCUGGACGGGUUAGCGGACAAAGGUUCUUCGAUUCGAGAAUCGGCUCAAUAUGCCGUUGAUGAGUUAUUCAAGAAUCUCGAGCUAGAGGCCAUGGCUGUUGGCCUGCUUCCGGCUCUGCAACGAUACUUGUCCAAGCCAACUGGCAAGUGGCAAGGGACUGUGGCAGCCUUCACUCUGUUGGGGAAGAUGGCAGAUAAGGCACAGAUGGGGACAGGCACAAAAGAAGAGGAGGAAGCAAAAGAUGUCCUCCGUGACUCAAUGGGUAGAACGUUGAAGGACCUGAUUCCCGUGGUCGAGGGUGGAAUGCAUGACCUCAAGUCCGAAGUCGCCAAAGCCGCGACCAAGACAAUGACUUCUCUCACCACCUUGUUGCAAAACGACGAUGUCGCACCUCGAGUGCCCCUAUUGAUCGACACCAUGAAGAAUCCUUCGUCGCAGACUCUCCAGAAGGCCAUCCAUGCUCUUUCGCAAACGACGUUCGUUGCGAUCGUCACCUCUCCAGUUCUUGCUCUUCUCACUCCUCUACUCGAGAGAUCCUUAAAUACCCCAACUACAUCACAAGAAGUGCUGAGACAGACUGUGGUUGUGGUGGAAAACCUGACUAAACUAGUCCAUGAUCCUGUCGAAGCCAAGACAUUCCUCCCUAAGCUCCAGCCGGGAGUUCAAAGAGUCAAGGACAGUGCCUCGCUUCCCGAGGUCCGGGAGUUGGCUACCAGGGCGAACGAUGUCAUGAAGAAGGCGAUGGGCGACGACAAAGACAGCAUCACCAAUGAUCAGAUCGCAAGAACAACGACCGACGACGUACUGAAAGUCCUGGAUCGCCAAAUCCGAGCGCAGGGUGGUUUUCAAAAAGAAGAUGCGGCUAUCUGGAAAGACGGCCAAGUUUAUGUGUCUGAAAUGGUGAGAGAGGAUGUGAACAGCCGCGUUUUCUCUCGAAUUCCCGGUCGAGUUGGCCCUUACCUCAAAUACAUUCUUCCUGAUGAGAGCUGCUCCGCAGUUGCCGAGGGUGUCCAGAAAUACUUCAUUGACGAAGACCACAAGAAGUUUGGUGCGCCUGUGGUUGAAGACCCCAACGAGGUUGAAAUUGUGAAUGCCAACUUCUCUCUUGCUUAUGGUGGCAUGUUGCUGCUAUCGCACACCAAUCUCCGACUCCUCAAGGGUCACCGGUACGGUCUCUGUGGCCGUAAUGGUGCCGGCAAAUCCACCUUGAUGCGAAGCAUUGCUAGUGGCAAGCUUGAAGGCUUCCCUUCCCAAGAUGUCUUGAGGACGUGUUUCGUCGAGCACAACCAAGGUGAAGAUGCGGACAUUAGCAUCCUUGAAUACGUCUCCAAAGACCCCGAAAUCGCCAAAGAAGGCCGAGAGCGCAUCUCGGAGGUUCUCAGUGAAGUUGGAUUCACUGCUGGUCCCGAAGGCAGGCAAUCGCACAAGGUCGGGUCGUUGUCCGGUGGAUGGAAGAUGAAGUUGGCCUUGGCCAGAGCGAUGCUCAUGAGAGCUGAUGUUCUCUUGCUCGACGAACCGACCAAUCAUCUUGACGUCGCCAACGUCAAGUGGCUCGAGGAGUAUCUCCGAGGCCAUACCGAUAUUACUUCCUUGAUCGUCUCCCACGACUCUGGGUUUUUGGACGCCGUCUGCACUGAUAUCCUACAUUAUGAACAGAAGAAGCUCGUCCAUUAUACCGGCAACUUGGCUGCGUUCGUCAAGGUCAAGCCCGAAGCAUCAAGCUAUUACACUCUUUCUGCCACGCAGGUGCAGUUCAAGUUCCCUCCCCCCGGAAUCCUUUCUGGCGUCAAAUCGAACACGAGAUCUAUCAUCCGAAUGACGAACGUCAGCUACACCUAUCCAGGGGCCUCUAAACCCAGUUUGCAGGACGUCUCCUGCCAGUUGACCUUGUCCUCCCGAGUGGCAAUCAUUGGUGCCAAUGGUGCUGGUAAAUCGACGUUGAUCAAGAUGCUGACUGGAGAGGCUAUUCCUCAAAGUGGCAAGGUCGAAAAACAUCCCAACCUACGAAUCGGCUACAUCAAACAACACGCUCUCGAACACGUGGAGAUGCAUCUUGAGAAGACACCCAACCAGUAUCUGCAAUGGAGAUACGCCAACGGCGACGAUCGAGAAGUCUUGAUGAAAGCUACUCGUGUGCUUACGGACGAGGACAAGGCGCAAAUGGACAAGUGGGUCGACCUUGGAGACGGCAAAGGCCCACGACAGCUCGAGAAUUUGAUGGGUCGGCAGAAGUACAAGAAGACCUUCCAAUACGAGGUCAAGUGGCGAAACAUGAAUCCCAAGUUCAACAGCCAGGUGUCUCGCGAGACGUUGCUCGAGUGGGGAUUCCAGAAAUUGAUUCAAGAGUUUGACGACCAUGAGGCUUCCCGAGAAGGUCUUGGGUACCGCAUUUUGGAACCUAAGGUGAUCUCUAAGCACUUCGAAGAUGUCGGCUUGGACCCUGAAAUUGCCAACCACAACGAGAUCUCGGGUCUUAGUGGUGGGCAAAAGGUCAAAGUCGUGUUGGCAGGUGCUAUGUGGAAUAACCCUCACUUACUGGUCCUGGACGAACCGACCAACUUUUUGGAUCGGGACUCGCUGGGUGGCCUGGCAGUGGCUAUCCGCGAGUACAAGGGCGGUGUUGUCAUGAUCAGCCACAACGAAGAAUUUGUCGGGGCUUUGUGUCCCGAACAAUGGCACGUUGCUGACGGAAAGGUUAUGCACAAGGGCCAUCUCGCGGUUGACCUCAACCGCUUUGAGGAUUCCCGUCCUGGAUCGAGUAACGUGAGCUCCGUGGUCUCCAGCGCCAAUGUUUCGGCGACCAACUCGGGCGUCGAAGACAAUAGCGAGAUGAAGUUCAAGGCCAAGAAGAAGAAGAAGUUGACACGUGCGCAAAUGAAGGAUCGAGAGGUGCGACGAAGAUUACGACAUAUUGAAUGGUUGAACAGUCCCAAGGGAACUCCCCAUCCACCAGAUACGGACGAUGAGGCGGAAUAGAUGGGGAACCAAAGCAUGCUGAUUCAUAGCGUUGGCGUUGCAAUUAGACGGGUGGCUUGGGAAUGAAGCAUGAACAUACAAUAGACGGGUUUGAUGGCAUAACGGCAGAUGAUAGACUUCGCAUGCCUCAAUAUUGAAGCUUACGAUAACGGUUUUGCAUAGGGCGCGGGCGUCAAAGGAUGGGUUGAAGUGGCAUGCGAAUAGAUCUGGACAGCAAUUGAGUGUUAGAAGCGACCAGUUACUCGUGCCGUCGACCACAGUGUACCUGUUGAUGCGGGAGGAGUAUGAACAAGUGCCACUUUGCAUGUUUGACAACAAUGAUCGGUAGAUCGACGCAGUACCUUGACCACGCUUGACGUACCUUUAAUGCAAAC